AUGGCGUCGUCGUCUUCGGAGCCGCCCACCGACGCGAUGGCCGCGGCGUCCAUCUCCGGCGCCGCGACCGGCGUCGCGCCGCCGCUCGAGUCCGAUCUCACCCUAGACGAGAAGUACGAGCUGUGUCGAAGCGUCGGCGAGGAGUGCAUCCAGGAGGAGGAGCUGCGAAACCUCCUGGACAAGAAGCCCGUGCCCGUGUGCUACGACGGGUUCGAACCGAGCGGGCGCAUGCACAUCGCGCAGGGCGUGAUGAAGUGCCUGAACGUCAACAAGCUCACCAAGGCGGGCUGCCACUUCAAAUUUUGGGUCGCGGACUGGUUCGCGCUCAUGAACAACAAGAUGGGAGGCGACCUGAAGAAGAUCCAGAAGGUCGGACAGUACAUGGUGGAGGUGUGGAAGGCUGUUGGGAUGGACCUCUCGCGCGUCGAGUUCAUAUGGAGCAGCGAGGAGAUCAACAAGCGCGGGCACGAGUACUGGCCGCUCGUGCUCGACAUCGCGCGGCGGAACAAGCUGGCGAGGAUACUUCGCUGCACGCAGAUCAUGGGUCGAAGCGAGACGGACGACCUCGCGGCGUCGCAGAUCUUCUACCCCGUGAUGCAGUGCGCGGACAUCUUCUUCCUGAAGGCGGACAUCUGCCAGCUCGGCGUCGAUCAGCGCAAGGUGAACAUGCUCGCGCGCGAGUACUGCGACGACAUCAAGCGCAAGAUGAAGCCAAUCAUCCUGUCGCACCACAUGCUGAUGGGUCUGAAGCAAGGACAGGAGAAGAUGAGCAAGAGCGACCCGGAGAGCGCGAUCUUCAUGGAGGACUCCGAGGCGGACGUUAACGUGAAGCUCAAGAAGGCGUACUGCCCGCCCGGGGAGGUCAAGGGCAACCCGUGUCUGGAGUACAUCAAGUACGUCGUCAUGCCGUGGACGGGGAAAUUCUCAGUGACGCGCCCGGAGGAGAACGGCGGCAACGUGGACUACGACGCGUACGAGGACGUCGAGGCGGACUUCGUGUCCGGCGCGCUGCAUCCGGGGGACGUCAAGCCCGCGCUCGCGAGGCACCUGAACGCCAUCCUGCAGCCGGUGCGCGAUCACUUCGCGAACGACGCGGACGCGAAGAAGCUGUUGGACACGAUCAAGAAGUACAAGGUGACCAAGUGACGACGACACGACGCCUUUCGCGAAGCUACGCUAUAAUUUGAGAAUAUCAUACUUCUACGCU